AUGGAUUCGGCCAACUCUGCACCUGUUAGUUUGGUGUCCUCCGAUGGGUUUGAGUUCAUUCUACCAUAUGAGGUAGCUUGUGUAUCGGGCACAAUCCGGCGUAUGCUGGAUCCCACAAGUAACUUCGCCGAGUCACGCAGUGGGCGCUGUGUCCUUGAAGAAAUCGAGGGCGUCGUCCUUGAGCAGGUUUGCAAAUACCUGAUGUACCACGGCCGAGCUAAAAACAUGACCAAUGUACCUGAUAUGGACGUUCCCGCCGAGCUCUGCUUGGAGCUCCUCAUGGCAGCAGACUACUUGGAUGUGUGA